UGAUGAGUUCCCUCGAAUUAUACUCGUGAGCGUACAACUAACUAAGGAAUAAAUAUAAAUUGAAUAGGAUCCACACCAAAAGACCUAAAGGAAUAAUUUUAAAACUAGGACAAUGAGAGUUGUCACUUUAACAACGGUUCUUGCUGUUGUCCUCAGUGUUGAUGCCAUUAAAUCAUCAGGAACUCAAGAAAAUGUGUGUCGGAAUCGAGACGAUGGAACAUUUUUGGCUGACAGUAAUUCAUGUUCAAGCUUUAUAGUUUGUUACGGUGGAAAACCUGUAAGCCAAAAUUGCGAUCCAGGUAGUUACUUCGACACUAAGAAACUAUACUGCAUGCCAGACACGAAAAAUACUUGCUCUCAAUCUGAAUGUAAGGAGGACGGAGCAUAUUCAGCCCACCCGACCAAUUGCUCACUUUUCUAUAUUUGCAACGCGGGAAAACUUGUUGAGCAAUCAUGCGGAAAGGGAAGUUAUUUUGAUAGCAAAAAUUUGUUUUGCAAGCCUGAUGUGGACAAUAUUUGUUGGCCAUCAACGCCAGAACCAGAACCUUGCACGUGCGCUGGAGACUAUACGGAAGGUGAUCUUGUGAAAGAUCCUGACAGCUGUCAUUCCUACUAUUUAUGCCACAAAGGAGAUUUAAUACAUAAAACUUGUGGAUAUGGAAAUUAUUUUGAUACUUCUAAGAACCUCUGUCAAAGAGAUACAACCGGAAAGUGCUGGCCUCAGAGUAGCCCUCCUUGUACUGGAGGCUUAGCAGAAGGCGACAGAAUUUCCAGUUCUAUUAAUUGCUCAGUUUACUUGGAGUGCACUAAGGGAAAACUCGUCGAACAAAAUUGCCCUUAUCAAUAUCUUUUUGACAGCUCAACAAAACAGUGCGAGCGAGAUGAAGAUGGAAAGUGCUGGGAAAUGUGUUAUUGCGAGGGCGGUUACAAACAAGGCGAUUUAAUCGGAAAUGACGAGAGUUGUAGUUCUUACUUCCGUUGCGAUAACGGCAAACUAAUUCCAGACGACUGUGGUGUCGGUAACUACUUUGACACUACCACCAACAAUUGCGUUCGCGAUAUUAAUGGCGUAUGCGGCUGCAAAGACAAACCUUGUACUUGUCCAGGCGGUUACGAAGAAGGUGACUUCGUUGAAAACGAAGACAAGUGCUAUUCCUAUUAUGUUUGCUUGCACGGAGAGUUGGUAGCUCAAAGUUGUGGAACCGGAAACUACUUUGACAAAGCAAGCAAAAGAUGUGAACGUGAUUAUGACGGCAAAUGUUGGCCAAAGUGUAAGGAAGGAGAUCGCGUGGCAAAUGAAACCAGUUGCUAUAGUUACUCAGUCUGUAAAAAUGGUGAGCUGAUAGCUCAAACCUGUGGAGAUGAUGAAUACUUUGACAAACAAAGUAAAAAGUGUGUCCGUGAUGAUGAGCACAUCUGUAGGCCCCAAUGCGUUUGUGAGGAUGGUUCUAAGGACGGUGAUUUGGUAGCUAACAGUGCAAACUGUAGCUCUUACUUCAUCUGCACUGAAGGCAAGCUUAUACCCGGAGACUGUGGAUAUGGAAAUUAUUUUGACAAGGAAAGUAAAAAUUGCGUGCGUGAUGAAGACGGUAUUCACUGUCCUCGUCCGUGCCCAGGAGGUUUAUUGGAAGGCGAUCGAAUUCCUGAUAAGAACAGCUGUUAUAGUUACUUAGUCUGCAAAAAGGGUAAAAUAGUAGGAAGGACAUGUGGCGAUACGGAAUACUUUGAUGUUGAAAGUAAAAAGUGUGUUCGUGACGAUAAGAACAUCUGCAGGCCUCGAGUGUGCCCAGGAGGAUUAUUGGAAGACGAUCGAAUUCCUGAUGAAAGCAACUGCUACAGUUACUUAGUCUGCAAAAAGGGUGAACUGGUAGCAAAGACCUGUGGGGAUAAGGAUUACUUUGAUGUUGUAACUAAAAAGUGUGUCCGUGACGAUAAGAACAUCUGCAGGCCUCGAGUGUGUCCAGGAGGCUUAUUGGAAGACGAUCGAAUUCCUGAUGAGAGCAACUGCUAUAGUUACUUGGUCUGCAAAAAGGGCGAACUUAUUUCAGAAAGCUGUGGAGAAGAAGAUUACUUUGACAAACAAAGCAAAAAAUGUGUCCGUGAUGAUGAGCACAUCUGUAGGCCCCAAUGCGUUUGUGAGGAUGGUUCUAAAGAUGGUGAUUUGGUUGCUGACAGUGCAAACUGUAGCUCGUACUUUAUCUGCACUGAAGGCAAACUUAUCCCCGGAGACUGUGGAUAUGGAAACUAUUUUGACAAUGAGAGCAAAAAUUGUGUGCGUGAUGAAGACGGUAUUCACUGUCCUCGUCCGUGCCCAGGAGGUUUAUUGGAAGGCGAACGAGUUCCUGAUAUUAACAGCUGUUAUAGUUACUUAGUCUGCAUAAAGGGUAAAAUAGUAGGAAAGACAUGUGGAGAUAAAGACUACUUUGAUGUUGAAACUAAAAAGUGUGUCCGUGACGAUAAGAACAUUUGCAGGCCUCGUGUGUGUCCAGGAGGCUUAUUGGAAGAUGAACGAAUUCCUGACAAGACCAACUGCUACAGUUACUUAGUCUGCAAAAAGGGUGAACUGAUAGCAAAGACCUGUGGGGAUAAGGAUUACUUUGAUGUUGUAACUAAAAAGUGUGUCCGUGACGAUAAGAACAUCUGCAGGCCUCGAGUGUGUCCAGGAGGCUUAUUGGAAGACGAUCGAAUUCCUGCUGAGAGCAACUGCUACAGUUACUUAGUCUGCAAAAAGGGUGAACUGAUAGCAAAGACCUGUGGGGAUAAGGAUUACUUUGAUGUUGUAACUAAAAAGUGUGUCCGUGACGAUAAGAACAUCUGCAGGCCUCGAGUGUGUCCAGGAGGCUUAUUGGAAGACGAUCGAAUUCCUGAUGAGAGCAACUGCUACAGUUACUUAGUCUGCAAAAAGGGCGAACUUAUUGCAGAAAGCUGUGGAGAAGAAGAUUACUUUGACAAACAAAGCAAAAAAUGUGUCCGUGAUGAUGAGCAUAUCUGUAGGCCCCAAUGCGUUUGUGAGGAUGGUUCUAAAGAUGGUGAUUUGGUUGCUGACAGUGCAAACUGUAGCUCGUACUUUAUCUGCACUGAAGGCAAACUUAUCCCCGGAGACUGUGGAUAUGGAAACUAUUUUGACAAUGAGAGCAAAAAUUGUGUGCGUGAUGAAGACGGUAUUCACUGUCCUCGUCCGUGCCCAGGAGGUUUAUUGGAAGGCGAACGAGUUCCUGAUAUUAACAGCUGUUAUAGUUACUUAGUCUGCAUAAAGGGUAAAAUAGUAGGAAAGACAUGUGGAGAUAAAGACUACUUUGAUGUUGAAACUAAAAAGUGUGUCCGUGACGAUAAGAACAUUUGCAGGCCUCGUGUGUGUCCAGGAGGCUUAUUGGAAGAUGAACGAAUUCCUGACAAGACCAACUGCUACAGUUACUUAGUCUGCAAAAAGGGUGAACUGAUAGCAAAGACCUGUGGGUAUAAGGAUUACUUUGAUGUUGUAACUAAAAAGUGUGUCCGUGACGAUAAGAACAUCUGCAGGCCUCGAGUGUGUCCAGGAGGCUUAUUGGAAGACGAUCGAAUUCCUGCUGAGAGCAACUGCUACAGUUACUUAGUCUGCAAAAAGGGUGAACUGAUAGCAAAGACCUGUGGGGAUAAGGAUUACUUUGAUGUUGUAACUAAAAAGUGUGUCCGUGACGAUAAGAACAUCUGCAGGCCUCGAGUGUGUCCAGGAGGCUUAUUGGAAGACGAUCGAAUUCCUGAUGAGAGCAACUGCUACAGUUACUUAGUCUGCAAAAAGGGCGAACUUAUUGCAGAAAGCUGUGGAGAAGAAGAUUACUUUGACAAACAAAGCAAAAAAUGUGUCCGUGAUGAUGAGCAUAUCUGUAGGCCCCGAUGCGUUUGUGAGGAUGGUUCUAAAGAUGGUGAUUUGGUUGCUAACAGUGCAAACUGUAGCUCGUACUUUAUCUGCACUGAAGGCAAACUUAUCCCCGGAGACUGUGGAUAUGGAAACUAUUUUGACAAUGAGAGCAAAAAUUGUGUGCGUGAUGAAGACGGUAUUCACUGUCCUCGUCCGUGCCCAGGAGGUUUAUUGGAAGGCGACCGAGUUCCUGAUAAGAACAGCUGUUAUAGUUACUUAGUCUGCAUAAAGGGUAAAAUAGUAGGAAAGACAUGUGGGGAUAAGGAUUACUUUGAUGUUGAAACUAAAAAGUGUGUCCGUGAUGAUAAGAACAUUUGCAGACCUCGAGUGUGUCCAGGAGGAAUAUUGGAAGGCGAACGAAUUCCUGAUGAGAACAACUGCUACAGUUACUUAGUCUGCAAAAAGGGAGAACUGGUACCAAAGACCUGUGGGGAUAAGGAUUACUUUGAUGUUGUAACUAAAAAGUGUGUCCCCGAUAAGGAAAACAUUUGCAGGCCUCACCCAUGUGUUUGUGAGGAUGGGUCUCAAGAUGGAGAUUUAGUUGCAAACAGUGCAAACUGUAGCUCAUACUUCAUCUGCUAUCAAGGUGAACUUAUUCCCGGUGACUGUGGAUAUGGAAACUACUUCGAUGCAGAAAGUAAAAAUUGUGUGCGUGAUGAAGGCGGUAUUCACUGUGCUCGCCCGUGCCCAGGAGGUUUAUUGGAUGGCGAUCGAGUUGCAAACGAAACCAGCUGUUAUAGUUAUUUAGUCUGUAACAAAGGUGAACUCGUAGCAGAAAGCUGUGCAGAUGGAGAUUAUUUUGACAAUCAAAGUAAAAAGUGUGUCCCCGAUGUUGAAAAUGUUUGCAGGCCCAAGCCAUGCGAUUGUGAGGAUGGUUCUAAGGAUGGUGAUUUGGUUGCCAAUAGUGCAAAUUGUAGCUCAUACUUGAUCUGCUAUCAAGGUAAGCUUAUUCCUGGUGAGUGCGGAUACGGAAACUAUUUCGAUGAAGAAAGUAAAAAUUGUGUACGAGAUAUUGAUGGAAAAUGUUGGAGGCAAGAAACAACUUCAUCUUCUUCAACAACAACAACAACAACAACUACAACAAGGAAGCCAACCAAAACAACUAAAUCAACAACAACGACCACAACACAAAAACCGACCAAAACAACAAAAUCAACAACAAGAUCAACGACAACAACAACUUCAACUUCAACACCAAAACCAACAACCACCACUUCCUCGACCACACCAUCAACUACAACAGAAAUUAAAUGUCCCGGUGGUUUUGAAAAUGGCGAUCUGAUUCCAAGUUCAUCUAACUGCUACUCUUUCUUGGUUUGCUCUAAUGGUAAGUUCAUGGAGAAAUCAUGUGGAGUAGGAAAAUAUUUCGAUAUUGUGACAAAAACAUGCGUAGUUGACAAAACAGGAGUUUGUUGGCCACUGUCAACCUCGUCAUCUACUUCAACAACCUCAACAAAAAAACCAACAACUACAACAACAAAAUCCACAACAACAUCAACUACAACUCAAGGACCAUGUACUUGUGAAGGUGGCUAUGAAGAUGGACAGUUUGUACCACAUCCAAGUGAAUGCUAUUUGUUCUACAUGUGCUAUAAUGGUGAACUAGUGAAACAGUCUUGUGGAUAUGGAAACUAUUUCGACGCCCUAUCUCAGAGCUGUGUCUUAGAUACAAAUGGAAUAUGCUGGUCGAAAUCGACGACAACUUCCACAAGAAAACCAACAACAACAACAACAUCAACCACAACACCAACUACCACAACUACACGUUCAACAACGACAACUUCUACCAGAAAGCCUACAACAACAACUUCAACCACAACACCAUCUACAACAACGACAACUACCACCAGAAAACCAACAACAACUUCAACCACAACAACUACCACAAGAAAACCUACAACAACAACAACUUCAACCACAACACCUUCUACAACAACGACAACUACCACCAGAAAACCAACAACAACUUCAACCACAACAACUACCACCAGAAAACCCACAACAACGACUUCAACCACAACACCAUCUACUACAACUACUCGUUCUACAACAACAACUUCUACCAAAAAACCAACAACAACAACAACAAAAUCUUCAACAACGACACCAUCCACAACAACUUCCACAACUACUUUAAGUCCUCCAACUACACCUUGCACUUGCCUAGGUGGCCAUGAAGAAGGCGAUUUCGUCCCUCAUCCUGAUAGCUGCUACAAAUUCUACAUAUGCUCUAAAGGCGAGCUUUCAGAAGUAUCGUGUGGAAAAGGAAACUAUUUCAAUAACGAGACCAAAAGCUGCACGCUUGAUACAGACGGUAUUUGCUGGCCUAAGCCCGCUCCUUGUGAAUGUCCAAAUAAUUUGAAGGAUGGCCAGUUUACUGCCGAUCCUGAGUCUUGCUUCAAGUACUCAAUAUGCCAUAAUGGAGUGCUUAUAGGAGGCAAUUGUGGAACAGGAAACUUAUUUAACAAUGCCACAAAGGUCUGUGAGCCUGACACUGCUGGAGUGUGUUGGCCCAAAGAACAAUGUGACUGUGAAAAUGGAUUAAACGAAGGAGAACGCAUAGACAAUCCAGAAUCAUGCUUUAUGUACUUCACUUGUAGCCAGGGCAAUAUCAUUAAGGGCAAUUGUGGAACAGGAAACUUAUUUAACAAUGCCACAAAGGUCUGUGAACCUGACACUGCUGGAGUGUGCUGGCCCAAGGAACAAUGUGACUGUGAAAAUGGAUUAAACGAAGGAGAACGAAUUGACAACCCAGAGUUUUGCUACAUGUACUUCACUUGCAGCCAGGGAAAUCUUGUUAAAGGCAAUUGUGGCACUGGAAACUUCUUUAACAACGACACAAAAACCUGUGAUCGCGAUACCAACAAUUGCUGUUGGCCUUGCACCAAUGGCGAAAUGAUUGCUGAUAUUGAAGAAUGCGAUAAAUUCUCCAUCUGCAAUGACGGCAAAUUUAUUGAACAACAAUGUGGAACUGGAUACUAUUUCGACGCCUAUCAAAAGUACUGCGUGCGUGACGUUAAUGGAACAUGUUGGAAAGUACAGCCUCCAAGCAAUACCUGCCAAGGAGCUAAGGAUGGAACCCUUCUUCCCGACCCAACAGCUUGUGAAAAAUACUUUGUUUGCCAAAAUAAUAUGCCUGUUGCUCAGGAAUGUGGAAUGGGAAAUCUUUUCAAUAGCACAACUCUAUCAUGUGUCCAUGAUACCUGCGGGGAAUGUUGGACGAAAAUUCCAAAUGUCUGUGCCAACAAAAAAACUGGUACAUUCUUGCCCAAUUCUGAACACUGCGACCAAUUUAUUGUAUGCCACGAAAACCAUGCCAUUAUUCAGCAGUGCGGAAGUGGUAAUUGGUUCAAUAAUAGAACUGGUCUUUGCGAGCAAGACUUGUAUGCAAAAUGUAUCAACGUAUGUCAAAACACCAAGGGUACAGCACAAUUGCCCCAUCCUAACUGUGAUGAGUUCUAUCUUUGCCAAGAUGGAUUAACUAAAGGCGUUCGCAAAUGUCUAAAGGGAACAAACUACGAUGCAGUCCGCGGAAUUUGCUUAGCUUCAGCAUUGUGUGAAGAAAACUUAUGUUUGUCAUCACCAAAUGGUGUAAAUUAUCCAGUUAGAAAUGACCCUUCAAGUUUCUACACGUGCUUCAACAGGAAGCCUGUGAAACUUAGCUGCCCCAGUGGAACUGUAUUUGACUCUGACCGUUUAAUAUGCAUGCCUGAUACUGGUCUCUGCAUUGGCCAAACCAACGGCUUUACGAUAGCUUCGAGGAAAAACGCUAAUGCCUACUACGUGUGCAAGGACAAUGCUGCCAUUUUCGAGCAAUGUCCAGCACAUACCGUAUACGAUGAAAACAAGGGAAUCUGCGUUCAUGCUUUGCGCAAGCGCGUUGUCAAUAAUAUUUGCUCAACUGAAGCUGACGGAACUAUGAUUUCGGGAAAUGUUUGUAAUAAGUAUUACCUUUGCUUGGAUGGAGAAAGUACUGAGCAAAAUUGCGGAGCUUAUGCUUCGUUUGAUCCUAAGCUAAGAUCUUGUGUGUUCAAUGCAACUUGCUUCAAUCCCAAAGAGAUAUGUGGAAAAUCUGGGGACAUUGAAAAGUUCCCUGAUGCAAGAAAUGAAGCUUCCUUUGUAUCGUGCAAACGAGGCGUAGCAACUUUGGAAAAAUGCCCCAAAAAUACAAUUUACAGUCAAGACAUCGGAAGUUGUGUUCCAAUCCAAAUGGCAAUAACGAAAAAAGAACUAUCAGCAAUUUGCAGUCAAGUUCCUGAUAAGACAAUAGCACCUGCUUUAGACUGUCGCAAGUUCUACAUUUGCAGCAACCGAAUUGCAAUUCUUCAACAGUGCGCCAUUGAUCAAGUGUUUAAUUUGACAACUGGAAGCUGUCAAGCCGACACAAAACGUCAAUGCUGGAUGCGAAGUGAGACACUUCGAAAGAGUAGCUUCUUACGAAUGAUUGAUGAAAACGAUAAUUAUAAAAUAGUAAGGAAAACAUAUUAACAAAGAAAUUAUGACGAAAAAAUUUGCAAUAAAUAAACAAAUUUCCUAAAAGCGAA